AUGGCAGACGCACACCAAUCACCCCUCCUCCUUCUACCUCUUAAAACAACAGAGGAGGUCGACCUUGGCUCUGCUGUCAAGUCGCUCAUCACCAACAGCUACGGCGAAGACUCUAAAAAGUACUCGGAGCAAACAUCUCAACUCAACCGUGCACGUCAAGAUGCGGUCAAAGGUGCAGCCUCGGAUGCCACAGGCAGAGACUUGCUCUUCAAAUGGUUCCACAUGCUCGAGAUGCUCGAGCUCCGUUUUCCAGAGCUUCGUGUACCAUUUCCUUGGAAAGACGCUUUUACGCAAAAAACCAUCUCUCAGUCCAGCUUGGCCUACGAAAAAGCCAGUAUCAUUUUCAACAUUGCUGCAACGCUUUCCUCGCUCGCUUCAUCGCAACCUCGCAUGCCGGGCAACGCUGACGGUCUUAAGCGUGCCUAUGCCGCCCUCCGUCAAGCAGCUGGUAUGCUGAGCUACAUCAAUGAAAACUUUCUGCAUGCUCCCAGCACUGAUAUGAGCAAGGACGUUGUCAAGUGUUUGGUCGGUAUCACGCUGGCUCAGGCAUCCGAGGUGUUCCUGGAAAAGACCAUCGAGGAGAAGAAGGGUGCUGGUCUCAUCUCGAAGCUCGCAAGUCAAACCGCUGCUGCCUACACUGGCUUGGUGGACGAUUCGCGUGAAAACGUCACCAAAGGCAUCUUCGAACGUUCCUGGGCCUACCUUAUUCAAGUCAAGGCAAGGCAUUUCACGUCCGUCAUGCAGUACUACAAAGCGCUGGCCGACGAUGCGGCUGGCUCGCAUGGCGCUUGUCUUGUGCGGUUGACGGUAGCAGAGACGGCAGCCAAAGAAGCUCGCAAUUUGUUGACCACCUUUAGCGCAUCCGCUACCGCGAGCGUGACUGCGGAUCGUCCCUCGCUGCCCAGCGAUGCGGCAUCUGCGCUUGUGGCCAUCGUCAACGCUCAGGUCGCUCGAUGCACCGAGCGCAAAGAGUCUGCCGUCAAGGACAACGACCUCAUCUAUCACGACAUUCUCCCCUCGGAGUCAUCGCUCCCUGCUGUCGACAAGCUCGUUGCUGCCAAUCCCAUCCCGAUUCAGGAGAUCUUUGCAGCUCCCGAAGUACAACGCGUCAUCGGCCCGGAUCUGUUCCAGAACCUUGUGCCGCUGGGUGUACACGAAAAAGCGUCUCUGUACUCGGAAGAGAAGGCCAAGAUCGCCCGUGCCGAAUCGGAGCGCCAUGACCUUGCGACGGGAGAAAUGCAAGCUUCGCUCGACUACCUGGGCUUGCCGUCAAGCCUCCAAAAAUAUCGUGCCCUUGCUCAAGGCAGUGGAAGCAAUGCUAUGCUCGACUCGCUCGCUGAUCCCGGCCCGGAGGUGAUGCGAUGGUCAACCGAGGAAGCCGAGGGUGGUGGUGGGCGCGGUGCUGAUGGUCUUGGAGUGGGUGCCACGGGGGUGGAUUCUGCUCUGCAGCGGAUCGAGAGCAUCAAGUCGCAAGCGGCAAACGACAUCGACGCGGCACUUGCAGCGCUCGAUGACGAGAACCGCGAAUGCGAGAAGCAGCGCGUUCGCUUUGGACACAAGUGGAGCCAGGACCCUGCUGGUUUGCAUACCAAAGACAUGCGUGUCAAUCUCAAGGAGAACAAGGAAGCUAUGCAACAAGCUUCGCAGAACGACGCGCAGAUCGGUGGGCUGUGGAAGUCGAUCCGACAGGACGUCCAGUUGCUCGUCUCGGGACGUGAGGCACUCGAAGCUGCUUUCGCUGCCGCGCUUACGGGUCAAACGGGGUUGUACGGCGAAGGCAGUGCUCCUACCUCGCUCAUCGAUACUUCGGCUGAAGAAGAGAGCGCUUCCGAAGGCGAGAUCGCCUCAGUGAGAGCGAAACUGGCCCAGAUCGACGAAGCACUCAUCAAGCUGAACAAGAUCAAGAAGGAACGCGGAGAAGUGCUGGCCGAUCUAAAAGAGAAGAUUCAGACAGACGACAUUUCUCAGGUUCUCGUACUGAAUCGUCGUGCGCAAAACGUCGAUUCGUCCAUCUUUGCCGCUGAGCUGGAAAAGUUCAAGCCGCAUCAGAACCGGAUUGCAGUCAGCUUGCAUCAUCAGCAAGCGCUGCUUGCUGAAGUGGAGACAGCAUUCAAGGAGCUUAUCGAGCUACCGGCGAGUAAAGCGGCGGGUGCAAAGUGGGACGAAAAGGAACAGGCGAGGAACAAGUUGGUGGCGAGGCUGAAGAGGGCGAGGGACUCGAAUGCACAGGUGAGGGCGGGGGUCGCCAAGGGUCUGCAGUUCUACGCGGAUCUGCAGGAGAUUGUGAAGGCCACGAGGCAGAACGUGAAUCGGUAUGUCGGGGAGAGGAAGAGUGAAAGGUCGAAACUGGUGUCGGAGCUGGAAUGGGAGGAAAAGGGCUCGGAUGGGUUGAGUUCGUCGAUGGCGGGGCUGAGCGGGCUAGGAGGUGCCGGCGGUCAUCCAGCUCCUCCAACUCCGCAUAGACAUACGAGUUAUGCAAGUGCAUAUGGAGGAGCUGGUGCGCCUGGUCCACUUUCACCCGGCCCUCCGCCCGCAGCUUUACCAGGUGUAAGACAGACUUCCAAUUCAGGUCCGCCUCCACCACCACCUCUGCCGCAUCAGCAAGCAUCGUACCAGCAGCAGCCACCACCUGCCGCAGCGGCUCCUGCUCACGACCCUUACAGCUCGAUGUUUUCCAGCGGUCCGUUCUCUGCUGCCCUUCAGCAACCUGCUUCUCCUCAACACCAACGACCACCUACACACUAUGGUAGCCAGCUCGGCUAUGCAUGCGAUGCUCCACAGCGUGCUCCGGCGUUGCCUCCCCCACCACAACAGUUUCAGCCGAGCUUCGCGCCUAGCGUGGCGUCGCCGACGCAGUCGAGAUACACUUCACCACCACCUGUUCCUCAGGGACAGCAAACGUUCAGUGGAUCGAGUGGAUAUGGAAUGCCGCCUGCACCACUGCAGCACGGCGGUGGGUACGGAGGAUCACAGCCGUAUGCAGCGCACGAUUAUUCGAGCCCACCGCCACAGUCACCUUACGGUGUUCCAAUUGGUCAACAGCAAUACGGAGGAGGGCAUGCUCAAAAUCAGCCCCAGUAUCAGGCGUAUGGCGCGCCACCUCAGCAACAUGCAAGUCAGCAGGUGUACGGUUCACGUGCGCAACCCCCUCCUCCCCAGCAGCAGCAGUAUCAGCAGCCGUCGUAUGCUCAACAUGGGGGGUAUCAAGGCGGGUACCAGCCUCCCUACUGA